UUGAGCCUUUAAUAUAAUUAUAUCUCAACUUUAAUAUAAUAUAAUUAUAUCUGAGGGAAUUGCGUUAUACAAAUCACGUUUGGAAAGACGGAAAUAAAAAUCUUGAGAAUACUAGAGACUUCUGUGAGAAGACUGAUUCUAAAUAAAUAAUUUAGCCUUAAAAGACUGAUAAAAACCUUUGUUAAGCAAUUGGCAAAUAAUUACCGAUGAUACUACGCGAAAGAUGAAUCUAUAAUGUCCCACAAUUGGUAAAAUAAACGUGUAUUUAAUUCCUUGCGACACUUACAGGUGUAUAACUUGAGGAGAUGUUCGGAUUUCGAAUAAAUAUGCAUCCCGUUGCGCUGCUGAUGCUCGUCGCCUCGAUGGCAUCAGUGAGGCUCGCGCUCGACGAGAACAACGACACCAACAAUAUCAACUACAUCAACGACAUGAAUUGCACGAACGAAUAUUGUAUGCCGGACGAAGACUUGAUCAAGAUCACGCAAGACGUAAUCCCUCCCCCGAAAUUGAUCGACUGGGUGAUGAUCGCCGCUCACGCCAUCGUCUUAGUGAUGGGUCUGGUCGACAACGGGCUCAUCUGCAUAGCCUUCUAUCGCAACCCAAAUUUGCGAACCACAUUCAACCUUUUCUUCCUCAACUUGGCGGUGUCCGAUAUCUUAGUCCUGCUUUUGUGCCUGCCGCCGACGGUUCUUUGGGACGUCACCGAGACCUGGUUCUUCGGACCGGUACCCUGCAAGAUCUUGGUGUAUCUCCAGACGGUGUCGGUGAGUGUCAGCAUUUGGACGCUGACUUGUACAUCGGUGGACCGGCAGAUAGUUAUAUGCAACGAAAAAAUAACGAGAAGUUUUACGUAUACGCGUACCCGAGCGAAAAAAACUAUCUUUGCGAUCUGGGUGAUAUCGCUAAUUUCUGAUAUUCCGGAAUUAGUGGCGUUGCACACGGUGCCGUUCUCAGUUAAGUUGGAUAAUGUAAUAUACACGCAGUGUACUUACGACUGGGACAAAGGAAGUGUAAUUACCUUCACAGUUUACAAACUGAUUUUAUUGUAUCUAAUGCCGCUGAGUUUGAUGGGCUACUCGUACUGUGACAUUAUAUUCGUUGUUUGGAAAAGGUCGAUUCCAGGAAAUAAUAUGGGUCCGAUGAGGAAUUUCAAAUCUCAACGGAAUACGGUGUUGAAGACGUUAGUCCCCCUCGUUAUCAUGUUUACAAUAUGUUUUUUUCCCGUGCAUUUGCUCACUAUUCUAAGAUUUACAAUGGACAUCCCCGCUAACGAAGUCACACGUUUCUAUGGAUCAUUUUCGCAUUGGCUAAUAUAUUUAAAUAGUUCCCUCAACCCCAUCGUGUACUGUUUUAGUACCAAUUUCCGGCGGGAGUUCCUCCGUAGUUUUGGGUGCACGUCGACCGGCGUCCAGCGACACGUCGAGCAGGCCAGGGAAGCCAGGGGGCAGCUGUUGGAGCUGCAGCCGAUGGAGCUGCAGUCGCUGCCACUGGCGAGCGCUGAUAAAAGUACGGAGUGCAGUAUAAGUGUCUGAUCCGCGGAAGUGGAAAUCCAUGAAGAACCACUUCCUCGCGCAGCGAGAAAAAAAAUGGAAAUUAAUGAAGAUGAAUUACAAUCUCCUGGCACAGCGAAAGACGCAAAAACCAUAGAUGAGCCUAUACCAGGGCCUUCUCGUGUUCAUCGUUAUACACCCGAAAACUACUAUCUAGAAACUUCAUUUAACGGAGACGAGCCUGUGACGACUCUACAACGUCGUCAAGACGUAGGUAACCCUGGUAGGUUUUAAAUCCAUCUGAAAAAAGAACUCAAGACUUUAGAACUGAUCGGGCGUAGGCCACAAGGGUGAGCCAAAUAAUUUAUACGAUGAGUGUAAUCGUUGGCCCCUUUUCAACCAUCCUCGACUUCAACCGAGACAUUGCAGCAAAGUGUUAUUAGAAUCUCGCUGCUAAAACUUGACGAUAUUGUGAGAGGAAUUAGGGAACUUUAAUCGGUCGAAAUCGUGGAAAUUAAAUAACGUCAUUUCAGAUUUAGCGUUAUAAAAAUAUCCACAAUGCGGACCUUUUAUUACUUUUAUUACAUUGCAUGUCAAUUGAAAUAAACAUGAGGUACUGUUUGAUAGAACAUUAUAUUUUGAAAUAUGAGAAUAUAGGUCUUUUCAAAUAAGUAAAGUGUUAUUCUUUUUAUAGGCACACUUAGAUUUAUAUUUUCGAUACGUAUAUUAUUAGAUCAUACAUAGAGUUAACAUAUAAUUGCCAAUGGCGAUUCGAAAAUAUUACCUUUAGUGACGAGAAAAUAAUGUCGAUGCGGCAGAUUGUCGAAUGUUGAUUUACCCCGAGGAUGAUCGUGCGUCGAUCGCGCUUUUCGCUGCGCUUCGAUGAAAUAAUAACAGCAUAACAUGAACAGGAUUUCAAUCGAUUUUGAAUUGCUAAAAUUAUAAUAUUAACGUGUUACAUUUACCACUU